UCAGUCGGAAAUCGAAUUUUAAUGUUUGUUGCAUCAUGAGUUGUAUUUCUCUGUGAAACCACAUGAUCAUCUGCAAAUUCUGUUCGUUUGAGAAAUAAGAACUGACGACAAUUUCUUCUGUCCGAUUGCUUUACUACAAAGCGUGUUUUAUGACCAUGUUUAAACUGGUCAAAAUUCACGUACUUGUCAACAGGAGGUUUUUAAAAUUUACCAAGUGGCUGUCGCUGAACACGCUUUGUUUAUAAUAUAACGAAAUGGACAACGCUGGCUUAAUGACUAUUUUACUAGAUAAAUAUCAUUUAACAGUCGGCGAGACGGUAACGUUAUUUUGUCAUGGCCUGACAACAAGUGCAACAGACUGGAUUGGGUUGUUCUAUGAAGGUGAGGUUGACUCGGUUACAAACUACUUGGAUUACAAGCGAGGAGAAAAUUUUAAUAAGAAGGGCCUCAAGUGGUUGAUUGGUGGCAACGUCAAUUUUCAACUAGUGGAGAAUAAAUGUCUAUUUAAAUACGUGGAUGGCGCUUUGGGAUCGGUUAAAGCUGUCAGUAAUGUGGUUCAUAUUAUUAACACGGAGCUACAGCCGGAAACAAUGUCACCUUCUGGCACCCUUAAUUUAUUUUCUGGCCAACUCAUCCAGUUUACAAUCACAGGUAUGAAAGCUCGUAAUCUAAAGCGAACCUUGUUCGGUCGUCCAUCUCCAUAUGUCAAAAUAAGUUUACGACCAGGUAGAAUGCAACGUAAGACUUUUCGUGCCCAUCAUGGUUCUGUUGGCAAAACAAGAUGUCAAGCAAACACCACUGAACCUUUUUGGCCUGGUGAGAUGUUCGUCUUCAAAGCAAGUAUCUGGGAUAUUUUGGAUAUUGAAGUACGCAAUAGGUCUGUGGGAUUAAAACCAUCAUUCAGCAAAUUUCUUGGAAAAUUGCAUUUUCCUCUGCGAGAGCUACUGUCAAAGGGAAGAAACAGGACACAAAUUUUCACUGGUGAACUUAUGAAACGUGAACCGUCGCGGAAGAUACUUGGGACAUUUUCACUAACGAUAAAAACUGAUCGUGAUCUUCCAGGCGCUAGGAAUGGAAGACGUGUAGCUUCUCCCGAUAGUCUUGACUCUAAUGAUCCAAAUGGCGAGUUAUCUCAUUUAAGCAACGGUGAUGAACAUCCAUCGACAAGCGAUGAUCGGCGACCCUCAAUAAAUGCCUCUACCCCUAGCGAUGAUCUAAACUCUCGUGAUCAAUCUGAUGCAAUAUCCAUACCGUCAUCGCCGAUCACCCGUAAUGUUUUCUUUGAUCGAGCUGCAGCACAAUCACAACCAGAUUUACUUGGUAUGCCUUACUCCACCCACGAAAACAUCAUUUUAAGAAAAAGACAUGUCUCGCACGGAAAUGCUGACGAUCCACCCGGUGUGAACUCUCGUUUUUCCAUGCCUCCAUUUUUGCUCUCGCGCAUUUCCUCACGUAGCAUGGAAACCCCUUCAAUGUCUAGUAGUUAUGCAAACGAGGUGACGUUGCGAAUGAUUGGUGCUGAAGGUGAGACUGUGAGCCAAAAUUCCGAGUCCGACGAAAUUCCCGAGUGCGCUGUUGUACAUCCUGACGAAGUGGCCACUUCAUCUAUGCAACAUGAAGUUAGCACUCCUGACAAUGGCAGCGACUCUAUUGGUGUGACACAACCUUCUUCUCGAGGUGUAAUUACUACUGUGGAAAGCAACAAUAGUGAUGCGAACGAUGUUGCUGAUGACGAGAGAAAUAAUGAUGCAAAUUUAGGUAGCAUGGAAAGUAAUGAAAAUGAAACGUCAAAUGUUGUCGACGUUGGUGAAGGCUCACAUUUAAAUGCAAAUGAAACUACUUGUGCAAAUGAUGAGAGCAACCCGAAUGACUUGCAGUCAAACAGUGAGUCAAAUCAUCCUGAGAACACACAUGUAGCUAAUAUUAGUGGACAUUUAGAAAUUGUUUCACUUUCAAAUGUUGUUAAUCAUGAGACUAAUGUGCUUGAAGAUACACCUUCUGUGUCUCAAAAGAUUUCAACACAAACGGAAUCUGAGUUAAGUUUAUCUGGCUCUGUUACAACUAUUUCAUCCAUGGAAGCUUCGCAUAGCGAGGAAAAUACUUCUGGCUUAUCCAAUUCUCAUGGCGAUAACUCAUCACCUUUGGUAUUGCUUGCAACACAAGAUCAAGUGGACGUUGGGGAUUCUUAUGUUAAUGACCAAAACAAUAGUGAUGUACCUGAUCCACUGAUCGAAAGUCAUGAAAGUGUUUUGUCUGGUUCUUUACAGGACGUCAUGGAUCGUGGAGCCAGCGGUAACAGUGAUGCAGUGAUAACCAACGUAGGUAUAUCAAAUGAAGAAAUUGGACUCAAUGAACAACAACUAUUGAAUGUUGAACAGUCGACACUUCCUAAAGAAUCUGUGACUACUCAUAAUGUAGGUGAACUUCCUGUCAUGAGUUUUCGGUCUGAUUCUAAUGUUAUAUCUAGCGAGUCCACUGAUGUUGAAGGUACAUCACCCAGAAGGACUAUUGGUACUUGCACACUUAGAACAUUAUUUCAAAUACCUGAUGGAGAUAGCACAAUCGCUCAGCCUGUUGAAGUUACAACUGAACAUAAUGAUUUAGAUUUUAAUAAUGAUUUACUCAGGAAUGUUAAUCAAACGUCUGGUGAUACUGAACAUGUGAGCGGUGAUUCGGUAGAAACAAACAUAAAUUAUUCUAAUGAAAGAAGUGAGAUUUUAGAGAGCCCUGCUGAGAAUGACAACAUCUUGAGAAGUUCGAAUUCAAUGUUUCCUGUUGAAAGUACUGAACGUGAACCUUCGAAUAUAUCAUCAAAUUUCGGGAAUUUUUCAUCAGGUGAGUCUGAUGGUCGUGUUGGUACAAAUACUAUUGGUGUAUUGAACGAUAAUGUUGAGUCAAUAACUGAGCGUCCGUCACAGGAUCAAGCUAUUUCAAUGAAUAGUUACACAGAAGAAAGGUUACCAUGGCAUGAAAAUUUGGCUGGUUCAUCCUCAAUCGACGCGAACAAUCGUUCAGUUCUAAAUAAUGAUAUUCAUCAAACUUCAACACCUUCGUUUGUUGGCUCUUCCAAGAACCAGAUUAAACACUUGCGCUCAAAAAAUCUAUCAAUUCGGCUACCAUCUCGUACACCUACUCCAUUUCCUGUACUUCAUGUCGUACCACCAAAUGUACCAGUUUCUCGACGCUUAUCUGAAAACGGCGAUGCAUCGUCUUCAGUCGAUCCUGAGCCUGAAUCCGAUGGAAAUAUUGCUGUGCAUGAACGAAAACCAAAUUCCUCGUCCACUAGAUCGCUUGCAAGAGACGUAUUUGACACACCUGAUAAUUCUCGUGAUUUGAUAGAUAGAGGUACCUCCAGCUCCAGAUCUUCACAUCUCGAAGCAACUGCAUCAUCCGUGUCAAACGUCUCGAACACCGAGAGGACACGUCGUACUUCGAGUAGUCACACCAAGAGAAAAAACAAAUCUCGUAACAGCAUGAAUCAGCAUUUGUCGACAGCGGAUACUGCCAAUGAAAUUGUUAAUUCAUCUGGACACGAGCGACCUAGACGAGGAAGAGCUGCUAGACAGAGAAGUGUUGAUCAUCCAGUUGGUGAUGGUGAGAAUGGAAAUACGGAGGGAGCAACGUCAUCACAUCGUCCUGAGUCCAUCUAUAUUCAGAUUUCCGAUUUUGCAAGGGAUGAUGAAGCGAUUGGCGAGCCGUUGCCACCACAUUGGGAGAAAGCUGUUGACACAUAUGGUCGUAUUUACUACAUUGAUCACGAAAACAGAAUUACUACUUGGAUAAAGCCCAGUGUUGCGUCAGCGUCUGAAACAUCUUUGAAUGAGGUUAAUCAUCAAAGACAAAACCUUGAUAGAAGGUAUCAAAGUUUUCGUCGAACUAUAUCUGGUCGAAGGCGACGACGUUCUCACGAUGUGGCGAUCAGCGGAAACACUGACAACGUUAUAUCCAAUGAAAACUCAAAUUCUAACGAACCGUCUGUAGUUUCCACGAGCAGUGAUGAUGCAUCCAAUCCAAACAGGGAAUCACGGUCUACACCAUCACGUGAUACCAUGAACGAGCAAUCUUCCAACGAGGGAAGAAAUUCUAUACCGACGCCAGACACUAACACGCCUUCAGCACGUGGUGAAAGUUCGAGAUCCAGUGAUACAUCAACAGAUAGAGCUUCCGGUGAUAGACGACGGUUGUUGAAAUCAAGUUACGUAAAGUUCCUCACUCGACCGGAUCUGGUAUCAUUUCUAAAAAACAGUGGGGCUGCUGGUCAGCUUUAUUUUAACAGUCCAGAACUCAAGCACAUUGUGAAACAAAUCCAGCGAGAUGCACGACAAUAUCUCAGAUACAUGCAUGAUCGUAGCUUGGUAUCAUUUUUAAAUUCGUUUGCUGAUGCAUCGCAGCCAUUACCUCGUGGAUGGGAACAGAAAACUGAUCAACAUGGCCAGAAGUACUUCGUGGACCACAAUAGUCGAAGUACGAACUUCGCCGAUCCUCGGCUCCCAAUCGAUGGCCCUCACGGACAAAGCCGAUCAAGGGCCACUAUAGAGACAGCGUAUUCAGAUCGGUUAAGACGUCGUCCUCCCCCCGGAAUGCAGCGAGUUACGGUUACAAACACUCCCAGCUCUUCCUUCCAGAGAAACGAAGAAAAUAGGCGAUCUGAAAGAAAAACAUACAAUCAGCAGAUCGUUGAGUUCCUUCGUCAAGACAACAUACACGACGUUCUCGCCGCUAAAGAUCCUGCAUAUUCGAGCAAUGUUACAUUGAAAUGCUGUGUGGACAAAAUUCGAAGAGAUGGCGAACGAUCGUUGAGACUUUUAUCGGAUAAUGUGGACCUUAUUGUUUUGUUAAGUAUGUUUGAAGAAGAUAUUGUUUCAUGGUUGCCAGAUGGACCCAAAACUCAACCUGCAGCACCCGAUAGAAGACGGAACUUUACAAAUGGAAUUGUCGAGUCCGGAACAAGUCCCCGCCAAACCUCGAAGCCAGCUCCUUAUAAACGUGACUUCCAAGCUAAAGUCAAAUCACUUCAUAAGAAUAUUGCUCACAAAGGACUGGGUCAGGGACAAAACAAAAUCUCUUUGGUAAUUCGUCGUGAACACAUCUUAGAAGAUGCCUUUGAUCAGCUGAUGAGGCAAAGCCCUAAAUCUCUUCAAGAAAGCAAGCUGGAAGUAUCGUUUUCUGGAGAGGAAGGACUAGAUUACGGUGGACCACAAAGAGAAUUUUUCUUUCUCCUAUCGCGUCAGUUGUUCAAUCCUUAUUAUGGUUUAUUUGAAUAUUCUGCGCAAGAUACGUACACUCUUCACAUCAGUUCAAUGUCUUCCUUCGUCGAUAAUGCUCACGAAUGGUAUAGAUUCAGUGGACGUAUUAUUGCUUUGGUCAUCAUUCAUCAGCAUUUGCUGGACGCCUUUUUCACGCGACCAUUUUACAAACUAUUACUAAAAAGCUCUUGUGAUUUGCGUGACGUCGAAGCCCUUGACGCGCAAUUUCACCAAAGCUUAGCGUGGAUAAUGGAAACUGAAAGUGAUAUUUCCCUUCUUGAUCUCUCGUUUACAGUCAAUGAAGAACUAGGUGGUCAGAUAACUGAAAGGGAAUUACUACCUGGUGGUAAAGAUAUUAGAGUGACUGAAGAUAACAAACUUGGUUAUGUUGAAUUGAUGUCCAACUGGAGGAUUGAUGGAGGAGUUUCAGAACAAAGAAAGAGUAUUUUGAAAGGUUUUUACGAGAUUAUUGAUUAUGAAUUGGUCUCGAUAUUUGAUGCCUGUGAACUAGAGCUUUUGAUAUCAGGCACUGCAGAUAUCGAUGUUAAUGAUUGGUUUUCCAAUACCGAGUAUCGUUCUGGAUAUCGUCCAGAUCAUAAAGUGAUCCGAUGGUUCUGGCAAGCUGUAAAGAGUUUCGACAAUGAGCAAAGAUUGAGACUGCUUCAGUUUGUCACUGGUACGUCAAGUGUACCUUACGAAGGUUUCGUUGCACUACGUGGAAGCACCGGAUUAAGGAAAUUUUGCAUUGAAAAGUGGGGCAAACACACCAUGCUACCAAGGGCACAUACUUGUUUUAAUCGUCUCGAUUUGCCAUCGUAUCACAGUUACAACGAACUUUUAGAAAAAUUAACUCUUGCUGUUGAGGAAACUAGUACAUUUGGAAUUCAGUAAUCCUUCAAAGGAACUUAUUUAUAGAUGAUAGAAUUACAAUGAGAUUCUUAAUAGUAUGAAAAAGUUAAAUGUAUUAUAGUUUGUUAUGUGGGAACAGAAGAAAUUGCACGAGUUUUACAUAUAUUUAAGAUAAUGCUAUGCACUGGUUGCCAGAAUUCUAUGGAAAUAUGUACUUUUGAGUGACGCUAAGCGAAGAAAUUAUACCACAAACAUCACAAA